AUGAGAAAAGAAGAUUUACCACGAGGAAGUACCAAAGCAAUCAAACUGGAAUGUAUUCAGAGAGUAGGAAGUGAAGGUGGCAAACUUCAGCUAGAGUCAUUUGGAAUUGAGCUUGAGAUACCUCCUGGUGCAAUCGACAGCCAAGAGAAAAGAGAACUUCUUCUUCGUGUGCUGCCAGACACUCCUAAUCUUGGUGUAAGUGAAGAAGAGGUGUCAGUCUGCUUCGGUGUACAGUGUUUAGCACCUGACGACCUAGUCCUGAGGUUACCCGUGAUUUACACCAUACCUCAUUGUGCGAUGGCUACACAAACCUCGAGUCUUGAGGCAGUAUUGUACACAGGAGACGGAAAAUACACAUCCAAUGCAGUUUUUAAAGAGCGAAUUAUGUUGCCGAGGUCUGGGGUACCAAGCUGUACCAUAAUGCAGGAUGUACUCAAACUCAAGAUGGACCACUUUUCUUGGGCAAAGAUUAUGAUCAAGAUGAAUAAUUUAUCCUUCCGCGGAAAGCAGAUGCGUUGUCGGCCUUUUAGAGAGAGAAAUCUCACUUGGAAGGUCAUCUUACACACACACCUAUACAGAAAGGUGAAAGGGAACAAGGAGUUGCUAGAAAUGGAAGAAGAGAAACAAGGAUUCGUACCAGCUCAUGUGGAACAACCUGUCUACAUAAUGGUCGCAGGGGUUGGUCUCAAGAUGCAAUGCAAUGCCGAAUGCAAGAAAAUGGCAGAAUGUGUUGUAUCUUACCAAAGACUAAGAUGCGGAGGAAGACUCUGUGUGCCGUUUGAAUUAUACUUCCCCCAUCAUCCAGACAAUGUUGCAUUGUCACUUAAAGUAGGGCAGAGUGAAGAACUAGAGGAAACUUUUAUCUUCCCCUUGGAUUUCUCGACUCCACAAGAUAAAGGAGGUGGAGGAGGAGAGCAUAAUAAUAUCUUCGAGAUCACCGAAGUGAAUCUGAGGGACCUUUCCAACAAACUGGGUUCAGAAUGGAGGAUGGUUGGAACUUUUCUAGGCUUCAAGAACUCAGAAAUCGAAAUAAUACUCGAACAGCACCCCAAUAUCAAGGAAUGUAUUUUUCAGAUGUUGCUUCGCUGGCGAAAAGUAAAUGGCGCCGAGGCUACAAAGGAAAGAUUAAAAAAGGUACUGAGGCGAUCGGAACGAGAAGAUUUGACAUUUAUUCUGGAAGACACGGAUGACAUGGAAUUAUGAAUCUGAUCAAAGUUAUUAAACAAUUCUUCCCGAUGGCUUUAGGAGAUCAAGAGCUAUCUUUACGCCGAUAGCCAUGUUCUGAUGUUUGAUGAUUCGGGGUCCAGGAUUAUUGUUUGAAUAAAACGAUGUUUAGCGCUGAUAACAUUUUCUAUGGUCCCGCCCUUUGUGAUUCGGUAUAGGUGCAUGAAACCACCAAAUGUCGUCAGAUAAAUGAUUUUAUUUUUAAUAGUUGAAGAACUAAUUCUAAAAUAU